GCGUCGGGGCGGACAGCCCAGCCGGCGAGCGAUCGGAAGGCUGUGCCGGCCUCUGCGAUCUGGCCCGCCCGGUGACGAUCCAGUCCGCCGCCGCGGCCUCGGCCCCGGCCCUCCCUCCGCCCCCGAGCAAUCGCAGCCUGGGCGACUUCCAGGCACCCAGUUCUCUUCUCGGUAGAGGUAAUGAAUCGGGGCCCCGUGCUCCCCCGCACGCUGCUGCUUACACACUUAAGGCGGCGGCCCUGUUAAUUAACUUUAAUUACAAUCAUUUGGCCUCCACCUGCCUGGACCCUGCGCUGUACCCCGGGACCUCUCCGGAGUGCUCUUGCCAGGCAGCUCUUUUGCCUUUAGUGUGGGAAGCAGUUCUCGUGGGAGAAUUGGUGUCCAUCUACUAAUUAAAGCUUGAGUGCAUGAACAGAAAAUAACUUUGUUAAAAACUUCUGUCACAAGUGAUAGAAGCCACGACCCGACCCAUAAGACUACAUCCCUGUCUGUGCCUCAUCGUGCUGCCUUUUAGCACUCGGGUAGUAAUGAAGCGACCAUUAUGUCCUCAGUCAGUGAAGUAAAUGUGGACAUCAGAGAUUUUCUAACGAGCAUCAAUUUGGAGCAGUACCUCUUACAUUUCCGUGAAUUUGGUUUUUACACUGUGAAGGACUGUGCUUCGAUAAAUGAGAGUGUGCUACACCAAAUCGGAAUAUCGCCUACAGGACACCGUAGGAGGAUACUUAAACAGUUACAAAUGAUCUUUUCAAAAAUGCAAGACAUCCCGAUAUAUGCAAAUGUUCAUAAAACAAAGAAUGGCAGCUCCUCAAAAGAGCAUCACGGUGUGGCAUCUUCCAGCAGCAGCACCUGCACAGAAUGUUCUGAUUCCGUUAGCAUCCCGAGACCUGGCCCGACAGCCUUGGAGACCUUUGAGAGUUCCCUUAGUGAUGGAAAUUGCCAGUCUCCUAAGUCACAUGAUAAGCUGUCUCUUUCUUCACAUGACCCAUCCUUUCAAGAAGAGCUACACCAGAAUGUGGAUUCUUCGCAAGAUUCUUUAUUUGGUAGUGUAAAUGUUAAAAUAGAUUCUUUGAUUACCAAGAAGGCUGUGGAUUGCACAGCUGUGGAAGAACAAACGGAAAAAGACAACUUAAUAUCAGAAAAUUCCAGCAAUGCUCUUAGCACAAACCCUGAAUGCCUUCCCUCUGUGGAUUAUCCAACAUCAGAAACGCAUUCUAGAAAUGGAACUAAUGGCUUAUUAGAAAACUCCACACCGUCCCCGUUCUUCCAGUUUCGAGGAGAGAUGGUUGUGAAUGAUCUGUACGUUCCAUCCUCACCAGUCCACACACCCAUGAGAAGCCGGAGCAAGCUGGUUUCCAGACCUUCUCGAUCAUUUCUGCUGAGACACCGGCCUGUACCAGAGAUCCCAGGGUCAACAAAAGUAACAUCUGGGAGCUAUUUCCGUGACAGAAGAAGUGUUGCUACCUCAGCUGGAAAGUCUUCGACACUGAUAAAUUCAAAUGAGGAUAAUUCAACUUCCAUCUUUCCUUAUGGAGAGACAUUUCUCUUCCAGAAACUAGAAAGUUCCAAGAAGCGAUCUAUAAAGAAUGAGUUUUGGCCUCAUGAGGACACUGUUAAAGAGGAAGCGGCCACUGCAAGUAGCCCCAUCUUAACCAGGUCAAGCAUAUAUGAUAACAGGAAGGAAGAAGUGAGUGAAGACAAAGGAGAAGACAUUUGGAUACUCCGAGAGGAUAAAAAUAACCCUCCCAAGGACUCAGCUUCUGAGUCAGAGUACUCAACAGUGGAGGAAUGCUUCCAGAGCCUAAGAAGAAAAAAUUCAAAAGCAUCUAAGUCUAGGACUCAAAAAGCCUUCUACCUGGACCCUUUUAAUAGACACAGUUAUCCUUUAAGCUCCACAAGUGGAAAUACUGAUUCAUCAGCCAUCUCAAAUGCCAUCUCUCCCUAUGCCUGCUUCUAUGGAUCUUCCGCAGCAAAGGUUAAAUCUGGAUGGCUGGAUAAACUCUCACCUCAAGGAAAACGCAUGUUUCAGAAGAGAUGGGUGAAAUUUGAUGGCCUUAGCAUUUCUUACUACAAUAAUGAAAGAGAGAUGUAUUCAAAAGGAAUAAUUCCCCUCACUGCAAUCUCCACAGUUCGGGCUCAAGGAGACAACAAAUUCGAAAUUGUUACAACACAAAGAACUUUCGUUUUCAGAGUAGAGAAAGAAGAAGACAGAAAUGAUUGGAUCAGCAUAUUGCUAAGUGCACUGAAGUCACCGUCCCUUACCACACAGCUGCAAGCAGCUGUGGCACCGGAGAAAUGUGGAUAUCUUGAAUUGAGAGGAUAUAAAGCCAAAAUUUUUACUGUAUUGAGGGGAAACAGUGUGUGGCUUUGCAAAAAUGAGCAGGAUUUUAAGAGUGGGCUUGGUAUUACUGUAAUUCCCAUGAAUGUUGCAAAUGUAAAGCGAGUAGAUCGAGCUGCGAAACCAUCUUUUGAGUUAAUCACUCCAUACCGGAGUUUCAGCUUCACAGCAGAGUCUGAGAAAGAGAAACAGGAGUGGAUUGAAGCUGUGCAGCAGUCAAUAGCAGAAACUCUCUCUGAUUAUGAAGUAGCUGAGAAGAUUUGGUUCAAUGAGUCCAACAGGAGCUGUGCAGACUGUAAAGCCCCCGACCCUGACUGGGCGUCCAUCAAUCUCUGUGUUGUCAUCUGCAAGAAGUGUGCAGGACAACAUAGAUCUCUGGGACCGAAAGACUCUAAAGUUAGAAGUCUGAAAAUGGAUGCCAGUAUUUGGAGCAAUGAGCUCAUUGAGCUAUUUAUUGUCAUUGGAAACAAGAGAGCAAAUGACUUUUGGGCUGGUAACCUUCAAAAGGAUGAAGAGUUACAGAUGGAUGCACCAGUUGAAAAGAGAAAAACCUUUAUUACCCAGAAAUACAAAGAAGGAAAAUUCAGAAAGACUCUUUUAGCAUCUCUGACCAAAGACGAGUUAAAUAAGGCUCUGUGUGCUGCGGUAGUGAAGCCGGAUGUGCUGGAGACGAUGGCCCUGCUCUUCAGUGGAGCUGAUGUCAUGUGUGCCACAGGAGACCCUGUGCACAGUACCCCUUACCUGCUGGCCAAGAAGGCUGGGCAGACGCUGCAGAUGGAAUUCCUCUACCAUAACAAGUUCUCAGAUUUCCCUCAGCAUGACACUCAUUCUGAGGGUGGGUCGAGUCAGGAGGCUUCCCAGUCCACCUUCCUCUGUGACUUCCUGUAUCAGGCUCCUACCUCCGCUUCAAGAGUCUCUACAGAGAAACGGCUCCUUGAAGAUUCCAAUAAAAAAUGGUGUGUUCUGGAAGGUGGCUUCUUGAGUUACUACGAAGAUGACAAGUGUACCACACCUAACGGCACUAUUAACAUCAGUGAAGUCAUCUGCCUGGCUGUCCAUAAAGAAGACUUCUAUUUGAAUACUGGGCCGAUCUUUGUCUUUGAGAUCUACUUACCUUCGGAACGUGUCUUUUUGUUUGGAGCUGAAACAUCUCAGAUUCAAAGAAAAUGGACAGAAACUAUAGCCAAGCAUUUUGUUCCCUUUGUUGCUGAAAACUUAACAGAAGCUGACUAUGAUUUGAUUGGUCAACUCUUCUACAAAGACUGCCAUGCCCUGGACCAGUGGAGAAAAGGCUGGUUUGCUAUGGACAAGUCUAGUUUGUACUUUUGCCUUCAAACGCAAGAAGCUCAGGAAGACAGGAUGCACCUUCGAAGACUGCAGGAGCUAACAGUCAGCACGAUGGUUCAAAAUGGGGAAAAAUUAGAUGUGUUACUCUUGGUAGAGAAAGGGAGAACGCUGUACAUCCAUGGGCAUACCAAGUUGGAUUUCACAGUCUGGCAUACUGCAAUUGAAAAAGCAGCAGGUACAGAUGGUAACGCAUUACAAGAUCAGCAGCUCUGCAAAAACGACGUCCCCAUCAUUGUGAACAGCUGCAUAGCAUUUGUUACACAGUAUGGGUUAGGAUGCAAAUACAUUUAUCAAAAGAAUGGCGAUCCUUUGCGUGUAAGUGAACUCCGGGAGAGUUUCAGAAAGGACGCGAGGAGUGUUAAGCUACGAGCUGGAAAACAUCAGCUUGAAGACGUGACGGGCGUGCUGAAGCAGUUCUUGUCUGACAUUGGGGAUGCGCUUCUCACGAAGGAGCUCUAUCCGUACUGGGUCUCCGCGUUAGAUAUACAAGAUGAAAAGGGAAGAACUGAAAAAUACAGAGCAUUUAUACGCACUCUUCCGGUGGUCAACAGAGUCACACUGGCAGCUAUAAUUGAACAUCUUUACAGGGUUCAGAAAUGCUCAGAAAUCAAUCAGAUGAAUGCCCAUAACUUGGCGUUGGUCUUUUCAUCCUGCUUAUUUCAAACUAAGGGACAGACUAGUGAAGAAGUCAAUGUAAUUGAAGAUCUAAUCAAUAAUUAUGUGGAAAUAUUUGAGGUUAAAGAAGACCAAGUCAGACAAAUGGACAUAGAAAAUAGCUUUAUAACCAAGUGGAAGGACACCCAAGUGUCCCAGGCUGGGGACCUGCUCAUUGAAGUGUAUGUGGAAAGGAAGGAACCUGACUGUAGUAUUAUAAUUCGGAUCUCUCCUAUGAUGGAAGCUGAAGAGUUAACCAAUGAUAUAUUAGCAAUAAAAAAUAUUGUUCCUACAAAAGGUGAUAUUUGGGCCACAUUUGAAGUCAUUGAAAAUGAAGAGCUAGAGAAAAGCAUCAAAGAAGGUGCCUUGAAGCUCAAAGAGGAACCAUCUAAAAUACUAUCUGGGAAUAAGUUUCAAGACCGAUACGUUGUUUUACGAGAUGGACAUCUCUUUAUUUACAAGGAUCCAAAGAGCAGCAAACAUGACAAAAUGUUUCCUCUCAGUGUGAUGAAGUUUUAUCUUGGUGUGAAAAAGAAAAUGAAGCCCCCAACCAGUUGGGGAUUGACGGCUUAUUCUGAAAAACAUCACUGGCACCUGUGUUGUGAGAGCUUGCAAUCCCAGAUGGAGUGGAUGGCCUGCAUCUUCAUUGCCCAGCAUGAGAAUGAUAUAUGGCCGCCAGCUGGAAAGGAGCGAAAACGUUCAAUAACCAAAAAUCCCAAGAUUGGAGGUUUACCUCUGAUUCCCAUCCAACAUGAGAGAAGUGCAACCCAGGCCCAGAAGAAUAUUGAGGCUGCCAGAGCAGAGCUCGAAAGGCUGCGGCUGGGGGAGAAGCAUGAUCGAGACUUCACGGACUCCAGCCUGAAAGACAGAGCAUCCAUCAUAGCCCACUGCUUGGAGCACAGAGAUGACAGACUUCGAAAUCGUGCCAGAAAGCAUCGCAGUUUGAACUGCUUGGAGGACACAGAGGCGGAGGUCCCACACGGCCUGCCAAAGGGCUCUAAAGGUCCAAAGACACUAAAGAAGACAGAGGACAGGAACAGCAAGGUGACUUUAGACCCGGACCAUAAGCUGCCGUCGAAAGUCAUUGAGGAACUUAGUGUGCUUCUUCAGAGGUCAAGAGCCCUUUCUAAAGAGCUACCAGAUGGGCAGACAUUACAGAAAGAGAUCAAAUAAAUCAUUGCACACUUGUUUUUUUAACAUUGUGUACAUGUGCAAAACAUAUAUCAAACUGUACUUCUUGAGUUUCUAUAUCUAGAUAAAUUUGUCUGUAUUUAAGCAAUUUGUUUAUCUGUACCUAAGCAUUUAAAGAACAUUUUAAAAUAUGUAUAUAUGUGGUUAAGUAUAAGAGAUCAAGUUUAUUUUGGUCUGAAAACUGGUAAAGUUCAAUUGUAUUAACCUUAAUAAGCCUUUGGGUUACUGUAAGUGGCCAGGUCUUUGAAAAUAGAUGUGUAAGUGAGAUAAUUUAUGAACAGAAACUUGUACUGUACUGUGUAAAAUGCUGCAUGUACAUGGAGCCUAUUGAACUUGUAUAUUUUGCACUUUGAGAAGGCUUGUAUAGAAGUUGCCUUGUCUUUUUAGGUUUACAUAGGGUCCAUUUUCUGGAAAAGAAAGGGAAGUAAGUUCAAAAGGGGAAAGAUACCACAGUGGCUGCCUAACAAACAUCGGGCAGAAAGGCAAUAAUUUAAAAACACUCUGCUGCCCACAGAGUUAGCCUAACAUUUAUUCCAACUCCACAAGAAACAAAACUUGUUAAGAAGACACUGCUUGUUAAGAAAAAAAAAAAAAAAAAAACAUUGUCUUGGGUGCUUCAACAAUAACGUCCAGCCAGCCGUGUCGGCAGUGGCGCUGGCCGCCGUCAUGAUGGUGCCGGUGGAAGAGCCCCAGGAUAUGUUCACUGCAGCAGAGCUGUCUGUCAGUGUCUGCGCCGAGGAGCUCACACUCCACUGAGGAAUGUGCGUGGGCCCGGAGGUCAAUUGCACUGUUGUUGCAGGCAGUUCUCUAGGGUCCAGACUGUGUGUUGCUACGAACAAAAUUCAUCACUGCAAGGUCCUCUGCUGUUUUGGUUUUGUUUCUUUUGUGUGUGUGUGUGUGUGUGUGUGUCAGAUAGUGUUUACUUUUGCACUGUCAGUGUCAACUGGAAAUGUGUGCUUUGUGGCCACUUGAGUGCAGGGAUGGCUACUUACACAGCACAUUUUCAGGCAGGCAGUUCACAUUCCUUUUUCUUUUCUUUUCUUUUUUUUUUUUUUUUUCCUACCUGUGGAAAUGAGAAAACCCUGUAUUUUUGUUGCCACAAAAUGAUUGGGUACAGAUUUGACAACUUUUAUAAGUCAGACUACCUUAGCUUAUAAUAGUUCAUUUCAAGGAUGGCGUUUUUGAUAACUUUCUUCCAAAUCAAAUUUGGUUGGUGACUCUUACAACUGGAAGUUAUAUGGCUGAUCUUUCUUCAUCCUCUCCGCAUUGGGAUUUUUUUCUGCUUAAGACAUGUCUGGUCUAUGCUCUUAGAGUCUGUUUCACUCCUUCCCUCACAGCAAAACAAUAUGCUAUGAACUAAUAGGUCUGUCUUCACACAGAUAUGCUAACUACUUGUAUUUGUUGAAGACAGCAGAAUUUACCAGGAGUAAGGAGUAUUUAUUCUUUAAAUCCAAAUAAAUUGUAACUGAAAUCAUAAGUAAAACUGCAGGGCAGUUUUAUGAGUUGUUGGCACUACUGAGGAACUUUCCUUCAAAGCAAGAUAUCUGUUGUUUGGAAUUAUAAAAGAUUAAUUUUAGAAAAUGCAUUUCUAAUAAGUAAUGAUAUUUAUAUUUUUAUGAAAUAAAGAGACAGGGAAAUGAUGGUUUGGCCUUGUUGGGAAGGUAUCUGGCACUUUGAUCUAUCUUACUGGAAUUUCUUCUGAAAGUUGAGUUUAAAAACCAAUCACUCUGUUUCUCUUUUAUUCAUGAACAAUUGUCUCCAUUUUUCAUAUGUAACAUAAGGGCUAAUGGUUACAUCUCACCUAUUUUGAGUAAAAAUUAAAAUAGUUUUACAAGUCCACUAGAA